AUGCUCCCAGUGCCUUACAACGUUACAGCAGGGGCAUGUGAAGGGGAGGCCACUGCAGCAGCAGGAUCCGCAGCAGGAGGAGCAGCAGCAGCAGCAUGCACACCCAAAUCCCGGACACUCAACGUUGAUCUCACAGAUCUCCUCGAGAUGGACGGUGGGGAUGAGUUGGGGGAGCAAGGCGAGGCUGCGAGAGCCGUGGAUGGAAUAGACGACGAGAUCCUAGGUGGACCGUUCAAAAAGCCACGACUCUGGGACGAGAGGGAGGAGAUGGUGGGGGGGAUAGCGGGCGUUUCAGCCUCUUCCCCCUUCUCCUGCUUUGGCCGCCAGUCCCCUCUGUUUCUCACAGAGGAGAGAGCAGAGAGCGGAGGGGAGGGGGGCGAUGGGACGGAGAUGGUGGGGGAACCGGGGAACCGGGGGGGAGGGAUCAUGGAAUGCAAGGGGCAGCAGCAGCAGGAGGGUAGGAAAGCUGUGGAGGAGGCGGGGGGUGGGCCUGCUAAUGUGUGUGAGUUGGGGGUGGGGGAAUAUGUGGUGGGGCGGGGGGGGAACAGAGGGGGUGAAGAGGGGCGUAGGGCGGAAGACCAAGGAGGAAGGAGCAGCCAUGUGGGAAAGAGAAGGAGCACUGCGGUGCUCCUAGUCUUGUGCUGCCAGUGCAACCAGCAACGGAUUGCACUUCAAGUUAUGAUCGCGAUUCACAACCAGGAAGACGAAGGAGGGGAAUCAGAGAGGACGGGGGAGCGGGAGGAGGGGAGUUGCUAUCAGCAGCUGCUUCCGAACGUGGAGCGGCCGGAAAAAUAG